AUGGGAAGAUCGCACCUGUUGACAAUUCGAUCAGCAGCUGUGUUCUACGCCCUCAUCUACACAAGCAUCGACACUUCGUACAAUACAAUAUCCGACGUACAUCCAUCUUCUCCUUACACAAUGGCUGCAAGCGGAAACAUCGACCCAAAUGCAUACACGGCACCGUUCCAGUUGACCAAGAACCUUCAUCGCGACGUGUACCCAGCGAUUGACAUUGCUGCGCACUCUUCCUACGCCAAGGGAAAAGUUAUCCUUGUGACCGGUGCUUCAGGCGGCCUCGGACACGAGAUAUCUCGCACAUGGUCCAAUGCUGGUGCAAAGGGAGUCGUGCUGGUUGGUCGCGAUGCUGCAAGAUUGGAUAGCACAGCAUCAGAGCUCGAAGUUGAGACUUUGGUCGCAGCUGGCGACAUUGCCAAUGAAGAAGCCGUCAAGCGCAUCUUCGAAAGCGCGAUUGCAAGAUUCGGCACCGUGGAUGUUGUCGUGAAUACCGCAGGCACAACCAACAUCAACGGAAUGAUAGGCCAGAUCUCGCCUUCCCAAUGGUGGACCGACUACGAGUCCAACGUCAAGGGAUCCUACAACCUCGCCCACCACUUCAUCACCGCUACCAGCGGCAAGGGCACGUUCAUCAACCUUGUAUCCCUCGGUGCAUCAUUCCUCGCUCCAGGCAUGUCUUCGUACGGUUCUGCAAAACUCGCUGCCAUUCGCCUCGGCGAGUUUCUCGACCUCGAGCAGCCGAAUCUACGAGUCUUUUCGGUUCACCCUGGGAUCGUGGAGGCUUCUUCGGGCCGAGGCAUGGUGAUUGACCAUUUCACACCUUUUGCCAAAGACAAGCAGGCUCUGACUGCCGCGCUUACGCUAUACCUCCUGAAACCAGAAGCGGAUUUCCUCAGAGGAAGCUUUUUCAGUGCAAACUGGGAUGUCGAAGAAAUGGAAAAACACAAAGAGGAGAUUUUGGAGGGGAAACUGCUCAAACUUGGAUUUAUUGGUGCAAGGUUGAGUCCGGAGGGUCAUCCCUGGAAAUCGUAAUACCUCUUCAGAUAGCAUCGCAUGUGUAGUCUCAAGAUCGGUUCUCAUACUGCAAGCUGUACGCAAUCUCAUAAAGAACUGGUGGAUCCAUUUCUCUAAUCUGGUUGAAAGCACUUUUGCUCUUCUCGAUCGGAUCCCCUCCCCUGUGCGUUGAUAGCCAUCUCCGUAGACCAAAUCCCAUCCGCUUUUCUUCCUCCUCACUGCCUUACCAUCCUCUGUAUUCUUUGAUCGUGCCGACGUGUUCCUGGCUUUUUCAAUCGUGAGUGAAGCUUGUUGCGGCAGACAUGACAAAACGGUAGAGCCUUCUCCAGCCUCUGAUUCAGCCGUUUUGACUGACUGAUCGUGGUUCCCGGGCCCCGUCGGAAAACGACCACCUUGGCGAAUCUGGUGGUGGAUUCUCUGGUGGCGAGUCGUGGGCGAGGUAGUCUUCCCAGCAACAAUCAGUGAACAGAAUUUGGACGACGAUUGAGUAUAGAUUUACCUGGGCCUAAUCCUUUUUGCCAUUCCAGUAUUCUCUCCCGCUGCUCGGCGGCAGCUUUCUUCUCUUCUUUCCUGCGAUUCCUCUUCGCCUUCCAUUCAGUCCAGAGGUUGACUCGGCUUGGCAUGUUGUUUGUUGGGAUUGGCGUGUAAGUAGUGGUAGUUGAGUAAGUAUGAGAAGUUGCGUAACUUAUAAAUGGCGGGUGAAAGUCUGUGUUUGUGUAGAGUUUGUCAAAGUGAGAGCUUGCUUGGCGGCAGCAGGUUGAAGAGAAAGGAUAGCGUGAACGCGCUGCACCUAGUCCGUGCCCCCUCUUCUCACACCACCACAUGCGCGCUUCAGGACAUCUAAAUACGCUCGUCUGACUGAUUACUCCAGCAUGAAUAUGCUUUGGUAUGGUUCCUCCUGCCUUGAUCAACUUGUCUACACCUCUGCAUCCUCGCAUCGUCGCAACUUGAGCUAAGCU